UUGGUGGGAAUAGAAUAGGUGACAAAUGGGUGCUAAUCAAUCAAUAACGCAAAAGAUCUCUAAUACAUUUUCUACGGAAAAUAGUAGAAAACGUAGUCACAGUCAAUCUGAAGAUAGUCAUAUUGAUGAUACAAAGAACAAAAAACUUAAAAGCGAAGAGAAAGAGGAAGCUAUACCAACAUCUGAUAGGGAAGAUGGUGAAAUAUCUGAGCCUGAGGAUGCCAAACCUUCCACAAAAGUUAUCCUACAACAGCGCCUAGAGGCGCUUAAGAAUGAGAUGCAACAGCAAGCUAGUAGAGAGAGUACUCCACCUGUACAAUCAGCCCCAGCCGUUAGAUAUCACUAUCACACACCCCUCCCUGCAGUUCCCUUUACUGACUAUGACGUACAUUUAGUUAGAAAUGGUCUCAUGAAUGGAUUAGGUUAUGAUUUCCUAUUAAGCCAAGGCGUGGCGAGAAAUUUACUUGAUUACGCACAAUCCUUGAUACCCUCAACCAGCAGUACAUUACCAGUUGUUAGACCAAGCCCUACAAAUAUAAAUGCUUAUCCAAUUCCCACCUCACCAACGAUCACUCAAGUUAAACCGAGAAAGCCAAAGAAAGGCGUCAAUUUGGAGAUAUACAAUCAGAACGAGGAGCUCUUCAAAAGAGAUCCGAAAAGUCUCACCAAAGCUGAAAGAAAGGAGAGAAAGAAAAUUGCGAAGAUGCAUAAAAAACAUCUCAAAGAUGAUGCAGAAGAAGUAGAGAGAGAAGUAGCACCGAAGAAAGCAGCUAGUACUGCGGAUGAUUUCCUCAACAGUCUGUCGCUUGGUCAGAAUGAGACUUUUAACGGUGGUAGUGCGACAUCCGCAAGCUUAGUUGAACCACCAUCGCAGACGUUUAAAGUUUCUCAAAAGCCUCACUUGAAAAGGCACCAACGACAAUCUCCCUUCUUGAAAGCAAAAUCCAGCGAAGUUGUAAUCGUGCCUAGCGAUGAAGAGUGUGAAACUAAUAGCGAUAUUGAGAGUGCUUCCAUUGGAAGCGCUAGAGAGGUUGAACAGAUUCCUGACUGGGUUAUUGGAAAAACCAUACCAAAACCAUCAAUUGUUUCAAAUAAUAGUAAUGCCACACUUACACUAAAAGCCAAAGCAGCUCAAGGUGAUGUGCAGGCACAGAAUGAACUCAAGAGGAAGCAACAGGAAAUAUCUGAAAUGCAACUUAAGAUAAAACAGAUGGAGUUGAAACGUGAAAAGCAAAAGCUUGAAGCACUGUUGAUGGAAAGACAGAAGAGCGAUAACAAUGGCGCUGGUGUUGCAGCUGCGAAGAAGGCUGUCGAAGAGAAGAAGGAGUUGGUUGAGGAAGAAAAAGAGAAGGUCGAGGGUGAGAAGAGACAUGAAGAAAAUGUGGAAGAAAAGCAAAUUGAUGAGCGGAAUAGUAAUAAUGUCAAUGAGAAGGCUGUGGAGAAAGCUGUAACUGCAGAGGUUGCAGGAAGUGAUAUGGGCGUCGCUCCAAUUGAUGCCACUCAUGACAAUGCUCCUCACGGUGCACCUAAUGCUGGUGACACUGAUGCAGCUCAGACUUCUGAUGAUACUACCGGACAGAAAGACAUGCUUCUUGGAUCAACCCUUCAAGCGGAGGAACCAUUAGAUGGCGGAAAAACAAAAGUGUUUUUGAAAAGAAUCCAUCACUAUUACUCUACGUUGAUGGCUUUAAUGAUGAAAAGCUGAGAUCUCAAUUGAGUGAACAAACAGAGAUGUUCACGAAUAGGAGAUUAUGUAAAUAUGAGCUGCCAUUAGGUGGUAAAUGUAAGGAUAGAGAGUGAGUCUAUUCUUACUCAUACUAAAAUCAUUCAUAGCGGUAAACUUUUAGUUGUAAUAAUGUACAUUUACAUGAAUUGUAAUGUUCUA